GGCAAAGGUCACGGUCCGGGUUUGUGGGCCUCACCGGGUAGCCAUGGCGGCGUCCGGGGACCCCACCAGACGGUGGCCGGAGGAGGUGGCGGUGGUGGUGGUGGGCUCGUGCAUGACCGACCUGGUCAGUCUUACUUCUCGUUUGCCAAAAACUGGAGAAACCAUCCACGGGCAUAAAUUUUUUAUUGGCUUUGGAGGAAAAGGUGCCAACCAGUGUGUCCAAGCUGCUAGGCUUGGAGCAAAGACAUCCCUGGUGUGCAAGGUUGGCAAAGAUUCUUUUGGCAAUGAUUAUAUAGAAAACUUAAAACAGAAUGGUAUUUCUACAGAAUUUACAUAUCAGACUAAAGAUGCUGCUACAGGAGCUGCUUCUAUAAUUGUCAAUAAUGAAGGCCAGAAUAUCAUCGUCAUAGUGGCUGGAGCAAAUUUACUUUUGAAUUCUGAAGAUCUGAAGGAGGCAGCCAAUGUCAUUAGCAGAGCCAAAGUAAUGAUCUGCCAACUAGAAAUAACUCCAGCAACUUCUUUGGAAGCCCUGACAAUGGCCCACAGCAAUGGAGUGAAAACAUUGUUCAAUCCAGCUCCCGCCAUGGCUGACCUGGAUCCCAGGUUCUACAUCCUCUCCGAUGUGUUCUGCUGCAAUGAAAGUGAGGCUGAGAUUUUAACAGACCUCACAGUGAGCAACCCCGAAGAUGCUGAAAAGGCUGCCUUAAUCCUUCUACAACGAGGAUGCCAGGUUGUAGUCAUUACAUUAGGAGCUGCAGGAUGUAUGACAUUAUCACAGAAGGAGCCUGUCCCAAAGCACAUCCCCACAGAGACGGUCAAGACUGUGGAUACCACGGGUGCUGGUGACAGUUUUGUGGGAGCCUUGGCCUUCUACCUGGCUUACUACCCAAAUAUGUCCUUUGAAGAAAUGCUGAAGAGGUCCAAUUUCAUCGCCUCAGUCAGCGUGCAAGCUGCAGGGACACAGUCAUCAUAUCCACACAAAAAAGACCUUCCACCUACUCUAUUUUGAUGGCUGCUAGCCCUAAAAUAAAUAUGCCUUGAAAUAAAAAGUGCUUGGGAUGGCUACUCUUAGCUAUCA